AUAAUAAAUGUGGAGAAAUAGAAAAAGGGAGCUCCAGCGGGGUAUUUGAUAAGUUCUGUAACGCAGAAUCUGCAGUGCAGGCCCAAAGCAAAAGUUCAAGGCAAUGUGAGGUAUUGAGGCACUCAGCAGAAACCACACCCUGAAAUCCCAUUUUUAUGACUCUCCAGGACUUCAAAAUUAUAUCUUAUAGAGACAGAGCUAUGCAAAUUAUUAAUAGGAAAAGCUCUAGUUCUGUAAUAGCUAAGCAGCCCAUUUUAAUCAAUAUUUAUAAUUAGGGUGGAUAAAUACCCUGUGCAAAGUCCCCCUGAGCUGCAGGAGCAUGAGAGAUCUGCUGUGAGUCCGAGCUGAUAAAGAAUUCCGGCUCUCUGGUACCUCCAGCUGUGCCAGGGAGUUCACUCCGGCUGAUUUCGUGUCCACACUGGUCCCUGUGGCCUCUCCCCUCCAUGGCCCUCCUGGCUCUCAGCCUGACUCUGCUGGCAAUGACCGUGGCCACCACAGCCAUAACAAUGAUACCCCUGGACUUGCCCCUGGACUCCUUUGAUGACCAGUACCAGGGCUGUGGCCCUGAGAUGAAGGCGGCACUGCCGGCCCUGAAACGCUCUGAGUUCCAGAAGAAUCCUCUGUUUGCCGAGGUCUGGGCAAGUGCUGUGAAAGAGUGGCAGAGACGGGGGUCCCGUGUUUCCCCUCUGUCAUCCUCAGACCAGGCCAUCGCCAUCAUGGCCUACACCACGAAUAGCCUGCACAAGGACUUCAACCAUAAUGUGAGCUUAGCCGGGCGCUACCGUGGGUUAUAUCAGGACUAUUUCCACUUCAAAGUUCUGCAUUUCCUGCUGACCGACGCCCUGGCCACACUGAGGGAUGCUCAGGGGAAACAAUGUCACUGUGUGGUCCGGUGGCCAGACAAACACCUGUUCAAGGCAAAGCUUGGCGACAUCGUCGGGUUCGGUCAAUUCGCAUCCGCGUCGCUUUGCAAAAAUGUCACCAAAGGAUUUGAGAGCACCAUGAUGUUGCAGGCGUGGACGUGUCAUGGCGCAUACAUCAAGAACUUCUCCAGAUAUCCCUUUGAAGAUGUGGUGGUGAUCCCACCCUUUGAGAAGUUCAAGGUCACCAAAGUCACCAAGAAAGGGGAGAAUAUGGAAAUCCACCUGGACUCCAUCGGGACCUACAGCCAAUACAACUGCGAGUGGCUGAAAGGUGGGAGCAUUCCAAGGGCCACUUGCCAACUUGGAGGACUCCUCCUGGCCACAACUGUCCUGGCAAUGGCCACUGGGAUACUCUAAGCCACGAAGCCACCAAGGUCACUGAGGUCAGCAAGGUCGCUGUGGCAACCAUGGCGCCAAGGCCACCAAAGUCAGUGUUGUCACUAUGGUCACCAUGAUCACCAAGACAACCAGAACCCCCAGAGAAACGUGGCCACCAAGGCUCCCAAGGCCACCACUGCCACUAUGGCCACCUUGGCGCCAUGGCUUCCAUGAGGUCACUGUGGCCACCACUGGCACUGUGGUCAUUGCAUCCGCCACUCUGGCCACCACGGUCACUAUAAGCACCAAGGCCACUGUGACCAUCAGGAUCACCAAGACUGUCCGAGCCACAAGGCUGCCACAGCCACUGUGGCCACUGUGGCCACUGUGGCCACUGUGGCCAUCAAGGCCACUGUGCAAAUCAAUUCUACUAAAUAAUUCUAUCAGAACAAUUCUACUAAAUAAGUGUAUCAAAUCAAUUGUAUCGAAACAAUUCUCUUAAACUGUUCUAUCAAAACAA